AUGGUCUCCAUGGUCGAGGCAUCCAAUUCCAAUCACAAUGACACGGCCCCCGAGUCGGUCGUGCCCAAGGCUGAGCCUUUGCCAGAGGGCUCGAUCAGUUCAUCAGUGUCGACACCAGAAGCUGAGGGUGAAGUUCCAAUGCAGGACGUAGCCCAGACGCAGAAGAGAAAAGGUGGAAGAAAACCCAUCUAUGCCACCUCGGAGGAACGCAAACAGCGUAACAGACAGGCCCAGGCGGCCUUCCGAGAACGUCGCACAGAGUACAUCCGCCAGCUGGAGACAACUAUCAAGCGCAAUGAAGAGACAUUGCAGACUCUGCAGCAGAAUCAUCGUACCGCCGCAGAUGAGUGCUUGAUGCUGCGAUAUAAGAACUCAUUACUUGAGAGGAUCCUGUUAGAGAAGGGAAUCGAUGUCCAGGCUGAGCUGCGACUAAAAGCCGGAGCCCCCGGUGGCAACCCCAUCAAGCCCAGCCCCAUGGUCGCGAAACCCCCGUCGACACUAGAGCGAGUAGCGGUCAACCGAUCUACCGCCCACCGACUCCCUGCCGGUAUUGCUCCCAAAGGUGAUGCUUUCGCCAUGUCGCGGGACGGCGCAUACGGCAUGCCGUCGCCCCAGUUCCAGGCUACCCCGUCGUCACACGUCUCAUCCCCCUCGCACACCAAGUCCCCUGGAUUCGCCUUCCAAGGAGCCAUGUCGCCGACUGGAAUGGAUCCAGCACAAGCCCAGCAUGCGCGCUCACAACUCAACCCACAUUCCCGGAGCUUGAGUCAGGCGUCUCCUCCGUUGGGCAUCGUUCGACCCGACUCGGUUGAUCCCAAGUCGGCCACGCCUGGUGGUACAGGUCCCAGAGGCACCCGCAUGCCCUCCGCUGCGUAUUAUCCAUCGCCAUUCCAGAAACACUACGAUCAACUAGAUCAGGAAUAUGACGCCCAGGCCGACAUGAUCGACGAAGAACAUGACUCGGGUGACGCACCCCCGUAUGUCUCCGGCUUCAACGCCGCAGCGGCCUCGGUUGCAUCUGGCGCCCAUCCUCUAGGGCCUCGGGGGCUCGCCAACUUCAAUUCCCACGGCGAGGCCUCGAACGGAGCGUACGGUAAUACGAACCAAUUGCUUGGCAACUACGAACCCAUGCUCGAUGCAGAUCCAUUUGGAUUGAGCGCCAGCAUGCACUUCCAGACUCCCUUCAGCUACGAGCAAACCCAUACGCGACAUUGA